GCCAAGAUUAGUAGUUGAUUAUAAAUUUAUUUAUUUAGUUUAGGUUAUAUUCAAGACUCAUCUUCGAAACUGUCUUACAGUUUAAUCUUGAGUUGGUUGAAAGCAUAAUUAUGUUCCUAUGGUGAUGUCCGAAGAGUGGGAGAUAUCUUGUUCUGACGACGAGAAAUAUGAAGUGAUACAAGUUGAAAGUGGUAAGUGGGAACCACCUCCAGAAAUGAUUAUCAAGUAUUACGAUGAGUUAGACAAUGGCCAGAAGUAUUUAGAAUUAAACUGGAAGUGUCCUGGACGCAGGCCUCCUACUCCCGAAAAGACAGAUGAACAGAAGGAAAAUGAAAGUACUGUUUCAGAAAGUAAGAGUGAAGAAAAGGAUGAAUAUUUUGAUUUUGAAGUAGAUAAAGGGCCUGCAAGCUUAAGACCAUCAGGUGAAGUUGGACCCAGAGGCAGUGCUAAAAAGAAAACCACCAGUUUGGAUGCUAUUCUUUCUAAUAUGGCAAGGCACCGAAGAAUGGACAUGAUGGAAGAAGAUCCCCCAGAAAUCUCUCGAAUUUAGAUGUUUUAUUUUGUUCUAACAAAUUAUCAAUUGACAAACUUGUGCAAUUAUAUUUUAGUGCUUGUGGGUUAUUCAAAUUCAAUAUACUAAGAUUUAUUUAUUAAGCUUACCAUUGUGUGUAAAUAUAUACAUAUCUUUUGUUGUAUUUAUAUGUAAAUUAUGACUAUAAAGCCUAAUUAAAAUCUGCCAGUAUCUG